UGAGUGACUCAAUGAUAAGAUAAAGAUGAUGGAAAUAAAUGCAGGAGACACAGCCUGAUUGGAAAAGUCAGCUGCUUUGAGCUUCCACGGACAUGGCUGCAGGAUUCCCGGUUCCCCUGCCGGUGCUCACGGGGCUGUUGCUGUUCCUGUGUGUCGCGCCCCGGGCUGAAGGUGGGAAGGUGCUGGUCUUGCCCACGGAUGGCAGCCACUGGCUCAGCAUGAAGGAGGCCCUGCAGGAGCUCCAUGCCAGAGGCCACGAAAUAGUGGUCGUUUCGGCGGAGGUGAAUCUGCAUAUCAAAAAAGAGGACUUUUUCACCCUGAUGACCUACGCCAUUCCGUGCACCCAGGAGGAAUUUAAUGACCUCUUUCUGGGCCACUCUUAUCUGGUUUUUGAAAAAGUACAUUUUCUAAAGAUGUUUUUGAAAAUCACGGAAAAUUUGAAAACGGCUUCUUUCAUUUUUCAAAGGUCUUGCAAGGAGCUGAUGUACAACAAGGACCUGAUCGGGCACCUGAACUCCAGUUCCUUUGAUGUGGUUUUAACAGAUCCUGUUUACCCCUGUGGGGCAGUCCUGGCUAAGUACCUGUCGCUGCCUGCCGUGUUUUUUUUGCGCUCUGUUCCAUGCGACUUAGAUUUUGAGGGCACGCAGUGCCCAAACCCUUCCUCAUAUAUUCCUAGGCUAUUAACAACGAAUUCAGACCACAUGACGUUCCUGCAAAGGGUCAAGAACAUGCUCUACCCUCUGUCCCUGAAGUACAUUUGCCACAUUGCUUUCACUCCUUAUGCAAGCCUCGCCUCUGAACUCCUGCAGAGAGAGGUGUCGGUGGUGGAUGUUUUCAGCUCUGCAUCCAUGUGGCUGUUCAGAGGAGACUUUGUACUGGACUACCCCAGGCCAGUGAUGCCCAACAUGGUCUUCAUCGGGGGCAUAAACUGUGCCAACAGGAAGCCGUUAUCACAGGUUGCUUCCACUAGAGCUGUUGAGAUCCAUGACUUCUGAGUGACCCCAGUAUGCCACCCAACUGAAGACUUUCCUGAACAAUGAAGACUUAUGUUAACCAAUUGUACAGACACAAAUGCACUUAUUGUGUCCUGCACAGAGCAGUAGUUGUUAACCCUUAAUUAGCAUAACCACCAUGAAGGUGUGCACUUUCCUAUCACUUCGAAACUCCUGACAUCCCUUCUCCCCCUGCUCCUCCUCCCCUCCCCACCAACAACUAUGAAUAUCUUCACUGGUGAGUCCCCUUGCCUGGCAGGCAAAUGAACUCAUUUUUUUAAAAGCUCUGGCAGUCUUCUUUAUUAUAAUACUUCUUGUACAAUUAGUGGCUAAGAAGCACUGCCCAGGAUACCUCAGUGACCACUUGACGUGGUUUUAACAGACUGUGUGCCCUUGUGGGAUAGUAAUGGCUGAAUCCUAUGUUCCUGCUAGGUCUUGUAUGCACACCAUUCCAUGGGGAUUGGGCUUAACUCAACUUCACAUGUUCUUAAUUAAGUGUGCUCAGGCCACAUGAGCUUCCUGUAAAGAAUUACAAAUAAUGCUGCACUUUUAGUCUAUCCAGUUCCGUGGCCUUUUUGUUCCCAUGUCUUACGCACACUUUUCCUUAGACACAACCAAAGGGGAUGGAUGGCACAUUUUGUGAUGGGCUAUCCCAAGGUAGCCAUGCCCAAAACAGUUUUCACGACGGGGAUAAACCGUGGCAACAGAAAUGUAUUCUCUCCAAUAUGCAUAUGCUGCCUCACCCAAUCAGUAUCCCAGGCUCUCCAAUCUUCCUGGCUUUUGUCAACCUAUUUUAAAAUAGAUACAUUCUGCACAUGGCAAUGGGAUAGUUUUGUGU